AUGGAGGCGUGCUGCUGCUCCUCGUCGUCGGCCCCGCCCGCCUCCAUCCUCGCCACGGGCGCCGGCCUCCGCCGCCGCUUCUCCCCGGCGACGGCCGCGGCGUCGGGCGGGAGGGCGGUGGCGCUUGCGCUUGCACCCCCGCUCCGCGCCUCCUCCGCGGGCCUCGUCGUCAGGGCGGUGUUCGAGCGGUUCACCGAGCGGGCGGUCAAGGCGGUGGUGCUCUCGCAGCGGGAGGCCCGCGGGAUGGGGGACGAGGUGGUGGCGCCGCACCACCUGCUGCUGGGCCUCGUCGCAGAAGACCGGUCCGCCGCGGGGUUCCUCGCGUCGGGCGUCCGAAUCGAGCGCGCCCGCGAGGCGUGCCGUGCCGCCGUCGGGAAGGGCGGGCCUGCUCAGGCCGCGACGGGGCUGGCCACGGACGUGCCCUUCUCUGGGGCCAGCAAGCGCGUGUUCGUCGCGGCCGUCGAGUUUUCCAGGAAUAUGGGGUGCAACUUUAUCUCCCCGGACCACAUUGCGCUCGGCCUCUUCGACCUGGACGAUCCGACAACCAACAGCAUCCUCAAGAGCUUAGGAGUAGUUCCCACUCAGCUAGCAAAGCAGGCUCUUACCCGAGUCAAAGGGGAGCUAGCAAAGGAUGGCAGAGAGCCUCUGGGUUUGUCUUCUUUCAAAUUGCGUGAUAAGUCUACUGCUGGAAAUGGGAGGACUGCCAUUGCCAAAUACUCCAAUAAAAAGAAAGAGAAGAGCGCACUAGCUCAAUUUUGUAUAGAUUUGACUAUGCGAGCCAGUGGAGGGUUUAUCGAUCCUGUUAUUGGUCGCACGAAGGAGAUUGAAAGAGUAGUUCAGAUUAUAUGCCGGCGCACAAAGAACAAUCCAAUUCUUUUGGGUGAAGCAGGUGUUGGCAAAACUGCCAUUGCUGAAGGGUUGGCUCUUAAAAUUGCUAAUGGAGAUGUACCUAUUUUUCUUGUGGGAAAACGUAUAUUGUCACUAGAUGUUGCUUUACUGAUGGCUGGUGCAAAAGAGAGGGGUGAAUUGGAAGCCAGGGUUACAAGUUUAAUACGUGAAGUGCGCAAAGCAGAUGAUGUUAUUUUGUUUAUCGACGAGGUUCAUACUCUUAUUGGGUCUGGAAUUGCUGGAAGAGGAAAUAAGGGAGCUGGUCUUGAUAUCGCUAAUCUGCUGAAACCUGCACUUGCUAGAGGUGAAUUGCAGUGCAUUGCAUCUACAACUCUGGAUGAGCACCGUUUGCAUUUCGAAAAGGAUAAGGCUUUGGCCCGCCGAUUCCAGCCAGUAUAUGUAAAUGAGCCCAGUCAGGAGGAUGCUGUGAAGAUAUUACUUGGUCUGCGUGAAAAAUAUGAGACUUAUCACAAAUGCAAAUACACCUUAGAAGGCAUCAAUGCGGCAGUUUAUUUAUCAGUGAGGUAUAUCCCUGACAGGCAUCUUCCUGACAAGGCUAUUGACCUAAUUGAUGAGGCCGGUAGCAGAGCUCGGAUGGAAUCAUUUAAAAAGAAGAAGGAAGAGCAGUGCUCUAUUAUUUUGAAGUCACCAGAUGAAUAUUGGCAAGAGAUUAGAGCUGUCCAGGCCAUGCAUGAAGUGGCACUGACUAACAGGUUGAAAUAUUCUCUAAAUGAAAAUGACCAAGAGAAUGAGGUUAAUGUUGAAGUACUGGAUGAUAGCAAGACAAGCCCGACAGCAACACCCUCAGCUUCAGCUGAUGAACCAUCUGUGGUUGGGUUAGAGGAAAUUGCAAGAGUCACAUCAUUGUGGUCAGGCAUACCAGUCCAGCAGUUGACUGCAGAUGAAAGAAAGCUUCUAGUAGGACUAGACGAUGAACUCAGAAAGCGUGUCAUAGGUCAAGAUGAUGCUGUUGUGGCUAUAUCAAGAGCUGUGAAGAGAUCACGCACUGGCAUGAGUGAUCCUGACAGACCUAUUGCUACUCUACUUUUCUGUGGUCCAACAGGAGUUGGAAAGACUGAAUUAACUAAAGCUCUAGCAUCAACUUAUUUUGGAUCUGAGUCGGCUAUGGUUAGAUUGGAUAUGAGUGAGUACAUGGAGCGGCAUGCUGUGAGCAAGCUGAUAGGCUCUCCUCCAGGGUACAUGGGAUUUGGUGAAGGUGGUACUUUGACAGAAGCAGUCAGAAGAAAACCAUUCACUGUGGUAUUGUUUGAUGAAAUAGAGAAAGCUCAUCCUGAUAUUUUCAAUAUUCUUCUCCAAGUGUUUGAAGAUGGUCAUUUGACGGACUCACAGGGCCGCAGAGUUUCCUUCAAGAAUACAUUAAUCGUCAUGACAUCAAAUGUUGGUUCUACAUCGAUUUCCAAAGGAACGAUGAGCAUGGGUUUCCAGACGCAGAAUGAUACAGAAGAGAACACAUAUGCUGUAAUGAAAUCCUUGGUAAUGGAAGAGUUGAAGGCAUUUUUUCGACCUGAAUUGCUCAAUAGAAUGGAUGAGGUGGUUGUGUUCCGUCCACUGGAGAAGACUGAGAUGCUGGCUAUUCUUAAUAUAAUUCUGGAAGAGGUGAAGGGUAGGCUGUUGGCGCUCGGUAUCGGCUUAGUAGUAUCUGAUGCCAUGAAGAACAUGGUUUCUCAGCAAGGAUACGACAAGAGCUAUGGUGCGCGGCCACUUAGAAGGGCCGUCACUCAGUUGGUUGAGGAUGUCAUCAGCGAAGCAAUUCUCUCUGGGCAGUACAAACCUGGCGAUACCAUAAUGAUGGACACUGAUGACAAGGGAAAACCUUGCUUGAGCCGGUUGAAUGAUCAGACUGUUCAAGUUUCUGAUCCAACGCCAAUGCAUUGA